AUGGGGGAUUUCUGUGUCACCGACAGCCUGCCCGUAACAGUUCCACUAAUCAUCAAUGGCGAGGAAGUAGUCACUACCGAUUGCUUUGACAUUGUGUCUCCCCUGACAGGCAAGAAGAUUUGGUCUUGCUCCUCUGUUUCUCGCAAAUAUGCCGACGCCGCCGUGGAAGCUGCCUCACAGGCAUAUCCUAUGUGGUCAGCGACGAAGCCCACAUUCCGGAGGAACAUCCUCCUCAAGGCCGCAGAUAUUUUAGAACACCGAGCCCACGAGUGUCAGGAAUACAUGUCGCAGGAAACAGGAGGCACUUUUCCAUUUUUAGGAAUCAAUGUGGACACUUCCUGCGAGAUUCUACGUGAUCUUGCGGGACGCAUAAGUGGCUCUCUCGCGGGCAUCGUGCCCAUAUGCCAAGAUGAGGGCACGCAUGCCAUGGUGUUAAGGGAGCCGUACGGCGUCGUUUUAGGAAUUGCACCGUGGAACGCUCCCUAUAUACUCGGCAUCCGUGCUAUCGCGUAUGCACUCGCUGCCGGAAACACUUGCAUUCUAAAAGGAAGUGAAGUGUCGCCACGCUGUUUCUGGGCAAUUGGGUCAAUAUUCAAAGAAGCUGGGUUACCCGAUGGUUGUUUGAAUGUGAUCUACCACCGGCCAGAAGAUGCUGCAGAAAUCACCACUGCCCUUAUCGAACAUCCUGCAGUCAGCAAAAUCAAUUUCACUGGAAGCACCGCCGUCGGAAGUAUUAUUGCCUCCACGGCGGGAAAAAACCUCAAGCCCGUUCUACUAGAACUGGGCGGAAAGUCUAGUGCCAUCGUCUGCAAGGAUGCUGAUCUCCAGAAAGCAGCACAGCAAUGUGUGCGCGGGGCUUUUCUGCAUUCGGGACAAAUUUGCAUGUCUACGGAGCGCAUACUGGUCCACAAAGAUAUUGCGGAACGAUUUAUAGAUUUGAUCAAGAAAGAAAUCCAAGAUACUCACGGACUAGGAGGCUCUACAGUGACUCUAGCUCAACCGGCCGGUGUCCAGAGGAAUCAAAGUCUCCUUUCCGACGCGGCUUCCCAAGGCGCUACCUUACUCCCCAGUCCUUGUGAUCAAGAAAAGUUAUCCCGGUUCCAAAUGUACCCUGCUGUUGCUGUCGGUGUCACUUCCCAAAUGAACCUAUAUCACACCGAAAGCUUUGGGGCAUCUGUUAGCUUGAUCGUCGUUGAAAGUGACGAGCAGGCCAUCUCGAUUAGCAAUGAUACUGAAUACGGCUUAAGCGGGGCCGUGUUUACGGAAGACCUAGCUAAUGGUCUCUCCAUCGCCAAGAGGAUCAAGAGUGGUGCAGUCCAUAUCAACAGCAUGACGGUGCAUGAUGAGGCCGGGCUGCCACAUGGUGGUGUGAAGAAAAGCGGAUGGGGAAGAUUCAAUGCCGCAUUCGGGCUUGAUGAAUUUCUCCAGACCAAGACAAUCACCUUUCAACAACGUUAA